GAGGCCAUAGAAAAAGAGAACAAUGUGUUGCAGCAGAUGAGAACUUUGAUUGGUUGAGCAGCAGUCAUGUGACAUCACAUGACUGCAGUACAUAUACCUAAUGGCCCGCGCGCGCAAUUCAGUCGAACUUGCAAGGUGAAGACUAACCAGAGAGAGAGAGAGAGAGACACAUAAAGAGAUACAGAGAAGACAGGGUGGAAGGGCACCUUUGGAGUGGCGACAUACAGUGUGCUGUCAAGAAGUGUUUGAAUAUAGAUACAUCUCCGGCUGGAACUGAACCUGUGACGACUGGAUGAGGGAUUAGGUUUGAUGAAAUGAUUUUGCUACAGAGAUAGUCUGAGAGAGAAAGACGGGCACUUAGAGACCGUGUGAGUGUGUGUAUAUAUAUAUAUAUAUAUGUGUGUGUAUAUAUAAUAUAUACAUAUGAUAAUAUAUACACAGAGAGGGUGAGAGAAAUAGGAGUGUAUGUAUAAAUCUAGUUACUUACCUAUCUAUGUCUGUGCGUCUGGCAGUCUGUCUGUGUGUCUCUUCAUCUGUAUGAAGGGAGUGAGGCAGUUAAUUAAUAAUUGUAAAAAAAAUCCCUGUUUUAAUUACUGUAGAUCCUCCUCUACACAUCUACCUGUAAUUAAGUGUAUGUGAGUACGAGUACAUUUGUGAGUGUGUGCGCGUGUACAUAUAUAUAUAUAUAUAUAUAUAUAUAUAUAUAUAUAUAUAUGCAUGUGAGUGUGUAUACAGAUGUGUGUGUAGUUAAACUGGCUGGGUCUUUGCUGAUUCUUUGAUUGUGCUGGUUGAGUUUAUACAUACAUACAUACAUAUAUACAUAUAUAUAUAUACUCGUUCAGAGGGACAGACAAUCAUAUGUUAAUAUUGUACUAAAGUACAUUGGAAACAAACAGAAGCCACAAGUAAAGAGAGACGGUUGGACAGAGAUACAAAGAACUAAAAGCUGGCUCUACUGCCAAUGUCCCAACCUCAGGAGACAGACGAAAGAAAAAGAAAGUGUGAGUGUAUUUGUAGGGGUCUGAAUUUCUUUUAUAUCCAUAUUUAAAAAAAAUUUUAUCUUAUAGGGGUCAGGAUUCUUACUCCCUCUGUAUUUUCUGGGGGGGUUUUCUUGCUUUUUUGGCCAGUAGUGGUCAGUGAAUGAAAUUUACGUUUUAGGAGGCGGGUGAAGUUGAAAGACUUGCUUAAGAGAUCUUGUCUUCCAAGGGUGAUUCCUAUUUGAUUUGUGUGUGCUUUGCUUGUUUUUUUCCCUCCCUUCUCUCUGAAAAACAAAAAAACAGGACAAAACAAAAAAAAAAAACCUUGAAGAAGAUAAGAAAGGAAAAUAAUAAUAAUAAUAAUAAUAAUAAUAGCUGGUAUCUUCGUCAUUGUUGACAUCAUCUUAAGAAGAACAACAACGACAAAACUGUUUAAAGCAAACAAAAUGAAGAUCAACGCAGGGGCUACAAUGCACAUGAUGCAGCUGGUUCUGCAGGCUUCUGCAGUGAUGGCCAUGCUGGAGGUGCCAACUGAAUCCCAAACAGAGACCGACUUACCUCAUACUCAACAAGUAACUUCUGACUAUACAGGGACAAUACGUCUGGUCGGAGGAGAUGUACCAAAUGUUGGUCGUGUGGAGGUGUUUUAUGGAGGUCAAUGGGGCACAGUGUGUGAUGACGACUGGGACCUGAGAGAGGCCAACGUUGUGUGCCAUAUGCUGGGAUACACUGAUGGUCGCCCAGUGCCGUCAGCAAGGUAUGGUGCCGGAACAGGUCAGAUCUGGAUGGACAACGUGAGCUGCAAAGGAUCUGAGAUCAGCUUACUCAACUGCAGCAGCAAUGGCUGGGGGCAACACGAUUGUGGCCACUACGAAGAUGCUGGUGUUGUGUGUUCAAGUACCUUCCAGUCUACGAAUAUAACUUUGGAACCAAUCAUAUUUGACAUUGAAGUUAUAGGUGAAAUUCGUCUGGUUGGCGGUUCAACCCCUCAGGCAGGAAGGGUGGAGGUGUACCAUGAUGGUGCUUGGGGCACAGUUUGCGACGAUGAUUGGGACUGGCGUGAUGCCACAGUGGUGUGUCGGCAACUCGGAUACAAUCAUGGUGAAGCUUAUCAAUUUGCUCGUUUCGGUGAGGGGAAUGGUCACAUUUGGAUGGACAAUAUCCACUGUGUUGGCACCGAGAGUUCUUUAUUCCGCUGUAUACAUAACGGUUGGGGAAGGACAGAUUGUGGCCACUACGAAGAUGCAUCGGCUGCUUGUUCCGGUAAGUUGUUUCACAGCAAUAGCCUACAACAAGAUGAAAAGUGCCACUCCUUUAAAAGUGCUGCCCUGGGUAAACCAAACCAUUCUAGGGUGAAUCCACCUCGGACUACUCCACCCCCACGAGUAAUUGACCACAACGUGAGGUUAGCUGGGAGCUCACACCUCAAUGAAGGCCGCGUAGAAUUGAGAAUCAACAAUGUUUGGGGUACAGUUUGUGAUGAUGAAUGGGAUGACCGAGAUGCUGCAGUCAUCUGUAGGAUGAUGGGAUACAAUGUCGGAGUUGCAACUAUUAAUGGCAAUUUUGGUCCUGGGACCGGCACCAUUUGGCUGGACGAUGUCAACUGCAUGGGCAGUGAAUCAACCAUCGAGGACUGUCAAUAUCCUCAGAUUGGUCAACACAACUGCGACCACUUUGAAGACGCAGGGGUCAUCUGUUCGGCACCCCUGUACAACACCACAUGGAGUCCCGCUCCAACACCAACCACCACCAGUCACCCAGAAAGUAACAUCCGACUGGUUGGAGGUACCGAGAGUGCAGGCAGGUUAGAGAUCUACUACAACAACGUCUGGGGUACCGUGUGUGACGACCAGUUCGACGAGAGGGACGCCAAGGUCGUAUGUCGUAUGUUGGGCUACAGAACUGGUCAAGCAAGACAGUCAGCUCUCUUUGGACGUGGCAGUGGUCAAAUCUGGUUGGAUGAUUUGAAUUGCUUUGGGUUCGAAUCUUCACUGUUCACUUGUCGCAAUCAUGGAUGGGGUCGACACGACUGUACACAUGACGAAGAUGCCAGUGUCAUAUGUUCCAAUGCUAUUCCACAUCCUAUAAUCACAAAGAAAGAUGAGAUAAUCUCUACUACACCACCAGGUAAGGCACACUCUAUCAACAUUGUUUCUUUUUCUCUUACCCAUCUUUCCAGUGGUGGUCAAGCUCUGCUUUCGGCCACUUUUGGUCAAGGUGAAGGCGACAUACUCCUGGAUGAUGUGAGAUGCGACGGCUCAGAAGAGACCAUUUCGGCGUGUGAGUUCCCCGGGUGGAACCUGCACAAUUGUGGACACCACGAAGACGCAAGUGUGAUGUGUACUGACGACUCGACCACCGAUGCAUCAUGGGAAAGUACAGAGAAGCCACGUGACUCCGAUCUGAUCCGUUUGGUGGAUGGUGACUACAUCCAAGGAGGUCGUGUGGAGGUGUACCACGAGGGUACCUGGGGUACCAUCUGUGAUGACGAAUGGGAUGAUGCUGACGCCAGCGUUGUAUGCAGAAUGAUGGGUUAUCAAUCUGGCCAAGCAUUCAUCUCAGCCCGUUAUGGAGCCGGACGUGGUGCCAUUUGGAUGGACGAUGUGUCCUGUCAGGGCAAUGAAACCUCCCUGUUCCAUUGUUCCCACCACGGUUGGGGUAGACACAACUGUGGCCACAAUGAGGAUGCCAGUGUUAUGUGCAUCAAUGCUCCUGCGACAACUUCACAGACGCCAAACAUUACAGAAACUGAAAACCUGCCAGAACCUGUGACCUAUCCUCCUUCAAGCGAAGGCUCUGUCAGGUUAGUUGGUGGUAAUGUACCCAAUGAAGGACGUGUUGAGAUUUACCAUGCAGGUGUCUGGGGUACAAUAUGUGAUGAUUCAUGGGACGAGAGGGAUGCUACCGUCGUCUGUCGAAUGCUGGGCUACACACGUGGUCGUGCCAUCAUGUUGGCAGCAUUCGGAGCUGGAACCGGUCAAAUAGCCAUGGAUGACGUCAGUUGCCUAGGUAACGAACUGUCCCUGUCUGAUUGUCAGCACAAUGGGUGGUUGAACCAUAACUGCGCUCACUACGAGGAUGCAGGAGUGUCCUGUUUCUAGAACACACAGACACACAUGAACAUAGAAGGUAAGCCAGUUUGAACUGGUU